CCUCUACUCUUUCAGGCAUCUGUGGCUUCUCCUGGGCCGGCUCCAGCACGUUGGCUGCUGGAGGGCUGGGCCGGGUCGGCUGCUUGACUUACCUCCCUGACCUCCGCACCUCCGCCUCGGCAAAAAAUGAAAAAUUUCCUUUUCUGUUGGAAGAGCGUGUGCCCAAGAGUUUGGAUGCAGAGUUGGAGUGUUCUUGGCUGACACCAUACAAGAGGAAAAGAAGGCAAAGACCCAGACUGGGACUUACACCAUCAACCCCUUGAUUCUCAGAUCUCUGGACUCUGACGAAAUUACGCUGCCAGCUUUCCUGGUUCUCCCACUUGCAGACAGCAGAUCUUGGGAUUUCUUGACUUCCAUAACCUGGUUAAAAAGGAAGACAGAAAGGCUGAAGAGAGCUUUAGAAAGGAGUAGAAUUCCCUUUUCCCAGGUGGAAUAAACUUCCAGUUCAUUCUGCUGUUCCAGAUUUGUCAGUAAAAAUAAUUGGGCUGCGUCUUCCUUCUGCUGCUCCUGGUGCUGCUUGUGUGCUCAUUAGGUGUGGACCUGGUACCUCUUUUUUGAAGCGGCAGCUGAGGAGACUCCGGCGCUCGCCAUGGCUGACAAAAAGCCCAAGGAAGGCGGCAAGACCAAGAGCAAUGACCAUAUUAAUUUGAAGGUGGCGGGGCAGGAUGAUUCUGUGGUACAGUUUAAGAUUAAGAGGCAUACACCACUUAGUAAACUAAUGAAAGCCUAUUGUGAACGACAGGGUCUAUCAAUGAGGCAGAUUAGGUUCCUAUUUGAUGGGCAGCCAAUCAAUGAAACAGACACACCUGCACAGUUGGAAAUGGAGGAUGAAGAUACAAUUGAUGUGUUCCAGCAGCAGACAGGAGGGGUCUACUAAAAACGGAACCUGCUACUUUACCCCAGAAUUCUGUCCCUUCAGACCAAGAAGGCAUUCUCAAAUAGAGAAACACAAUUUGGUUCUACUACAUCCUGACUACUACAGUAUAGUUUUCUCUAGUAUUUCAUUUUCCCCUUCCCUGUUCAUUUAUUGCACAUAAAAGUAACUGUGUAUGUGCACAAGCUUAUUGCAUUUUUUUAACUAAGUGGCCAAUAGUAUGUUUUGAUUGACAUCAAAUGGAGAUGGGAUAGGGCAAGUACCCUGUUUCUGUGAAAAUGCCCCCUUUCUCCAUUAGUGGCAUGCUCAUUCAGCUCUUUAUAUUCCAGUAAGUUGUUUUGCUCUCACUGUUUAACAAAAAAAGA